AUUAUUAUCAAAGUGAGGGGAGGAAUAGGCUUGAGGAGAAAGUCAGGUUGGCAAGCAUCAAAUAAAACCCUCGAUCUCUUACACUCUUGGCUUUUCGUUCACUAAUUUGCAAAUUCAAACCUCUCUCUCUUUUCUUCUCUUUUAAAAAUUACGUUGUUGAAAUCUCAACUAGCAAUGGAUCUGAAGGCUCCUCACUCGAUGGGUACUACUAUCAUCGGCGUCACCUAUAACGGCGGCGUCGUUCUCGGUGCCGAUUCUCGCACAAGCACCGGAAUGUAUGUGGCUAACAGGGCAUCUGACAAAAUUACUCAGCUCACUGAUAAUGUCUACGUUUGCCGUUCUGGAUCGGCUGCAGAUUCCCAAAUUGUAUCCGACUAUGUGCGUUACUUUCUUCAUCAGCACACAAUACAGCUGGGGCAGCCUGCAACGGUCAAAGUUGCUGCAAAUCUUGUCAGGCUAAUUUCUUACAACAAUAAGAAUAUGCUAGAAACAGGCUUGAUCGUUGGUGGAUGGGAUAAGUAUGAUGGUGGCAAAAUUUAUGGAAUUCCUCUUGGUGGAACUAUAAUAGAGCAGCCUUUUGCUAUAGGAGGAUCUGGCUCUAGUUACUUGUAUGGAUUCUUCGAUCAAGCAUGGAAAGAAGGAAUGACCAAGGAUGAAGCUGAGCAAUUGGUGGUAAAGGCAGUUUCUCUGGCCAUGGCAAGAGAUGGUGCCAGCGGUGGUGUUGUUCGCACUGUCAUUAUCAAUUCUGAGGGAGUAACGAGGAACUUCUAUCCGGGUGAUUCACUUCCACUAUGGCAUGAAGAGUUGGAGCCUCAAAAUUCAUUGUUGGAUAUACUAAAUGCAUCUAGUCCUGAGCCAAUGAACAUAUGAUGAGAAGUGAUGUUGCAGCGGAAGAUGGUCGCCCAUGUUUCUUUCUUUCUUUUUUUUUUUUUUUUUUUUUCGAAAGCGUUCUCAUCUCAUCAGUAGGCGCCCUCCUACUGCACACUUGAUGGUCUUGUCUGGGCACCGAACGUCUGGAAUAGGGAUUUUAAUGGGAUAUGAAAAGAGCGUUUUUAGUAGUGUAAUUCAUGCUUUCUAUUGUAACUUCAGUUGAAUGUGAAUUGGUUCCGGUACUUUUGGAUCUGUUAUAAAUUAAAUUAGCUAUCGGCUUCUGUUUGCCGGGAUGCUCAAAUCUUCAA